AUGGUCAACGUGACGUUUUUAGCACAUGACGAUUGCAGUCUGCUUUCAGCCGCACCCGUGACGCAACCCACUCCCUCUGCGGCAGAUUUGAUAUUGUGUACGGCUGUAACCGUGGACGCGGUGAAGCUCGGCAAUGGGGAUGGCGGCAGCGAGAUCUGCAGUUUAGGAGGCGUAUGUGAUCUGGCUCCGUUACUCACAGCUAGCGCCGGCGAUGUGGUCGCGGGUUGA